AAAAUUGAGGGUCGGCUACUAGUUUAUUGACAAAAAAGGAGAAGGAAAAAAUAAUAAUUAAUUUAUUUACUUUUAGCAUACUUUUAGUAGUAUAAACACUAAUGUUUUAAAUACAGCAUAUUGGGUGACUAUGGCGUGUAUGUUAGGGGCGUUUCCUUUGUCGGCGAAAUCCUCCACAGGAUCAGACUCGGCUAAGAAGAAGAGCAGCGGAGCACUGGAGAAUAUUGUUCGACGACGGCGCUUGAUUUUGCUUCGUCAUGCCAAGAGUUCAUGGGAGGAUCGCUCCCUUAAAGAUCAUGAUCGUCCUUUAAGUAAAGCUGGAGAAACUGAUGCUAUACAAGUUGCUUACAAGCUCCAACAGCUGGGUUGGAUACCUGAACUUAUUUUAUCUAGUGAUGCGACACGAACAAGACAAACUCUAAAGAUUAUGCAGGACCAUGUGCGAGCCUUCUUGGAAGCUGAGAUACACUUCAUUUCAAGCUUUUAUUCUGUUGCGGCAAUGGAUGGGCAGACAGCUGAUCACCUUCAACAAGCUAUCUGUAAAUAUUCAAGAGAUGAGAUACUUACAGUUAUGUGUAUGGGACAUAAUAGAGGCUGGGAAGAGGCAGCCUCUACCUUUUCCGGUGCCUCAGUAGAACUAAAGACUUGCAAUGCUGUCUUGCUUGAAGCUGUUGGCAAAUCAUGGGAAGAGGCAUUUCUUUCAGCAGGAAAUGGUGGCUGGAAGCUCCAGCAAUUAGUCAAACCAAAUGCCAGCCUCUAGAACUUAUUAAUUAUUACUAGAAAUCCCUCAUAGUUGUAACAAUAGUUCUAAACAAUAGUCCUUAUUGCCUUUAUCAAAGCAAAUCAUGGUUUAUAAAACUGCAUUCAUCAAAAGUAAGUUAUCUUAAAAA